UAUAUCUGGAUCAUCUCGACUUUGCAGCCCCACAGUAGUCAACAUGGCUGCCUUUUUUGGGAAUGCUGAUAAUGGAGAGUACAUGCUAUCUAAAAAAAGUUAUUAAUAACAUACAAGGAGGUCCUCAAAUCUCCUCCACAAAGCGCUGGCUUCCUUUCACCCCCACUGACACUCACCUCAAGCUCCAGUCAGUGAAAGUUUAGGAAGAUUUUCCUCUUCUGCUCUCAGUUAGCCCUCUUCUCCAUUUAUAAAACCAGCAGCGGGAACCACAGCCUGUUCCACCAUGUCGGACACCGAGGAAGUGGUGGAGGAAUACGAGGAGGUGGUGGAAGAAGAGGAAGAGGAGGCGGAUGGAGCAGAAGAACAUGAAGUAGAAGAGGAGCAAGAGCCAGAGGAAGAAACUACACAACCUGCUGAGGAGGCCAAUGAAGAAGCAGAUGAAGAAGGAGAGACGGAGGAGGGGGACGGGGAGGGGGCCAAACCAAAGUUCAAGCCCUUCGCCAUGCCAAACCUGAUCCCUCCCAAAAUCCCAGAUGGAGAAAGGGUGGAUUUUGAUGACAUCCAUCGUAAGAGGAUGGAGAAAGACCUGAUGGAGCUUCAGACUUUGAUUGAAGUUCACUUUGAGAGCAGAAAGAAAGAGGAGGAGGAGCUGAUCAAUCUGAAAGAUAGAAUUGAGAAGCGUCGCUCUGAGCGAGCAGAGCAGCAAAGGAUUCGCAGUGAGCGAGAUAAAGAGCGUCAAAAACGUCUUGAGGAGGAAAGAGCUCGUAAGGAAGAGGAGGAGGCCAAGAAGAGAGCAGAAGAUGAUGCGAAGAAGAAGAAAACCCUCACCAGUCUGCACUUUGGAGGCUACAUGCAGAAGUUGACAGAGAAGAGGAGCGGUAAGAGGCAGACAGAAAGAGAGAAGAAGAAGAAGAUCCUCAAUGAGAGACGCAAGUCUUUGGACAUCGAAAACAUGAGUCAAGACAGACUUAAGGAGAAAGCUAAGGAGCUGUGGGAGUGGAUGCACCAGCUGGAAGCAGAGAAGUUCGAACUGCAGUACCAGUUUGCCAGACAGAAAUAUGAGAUUAACGUGCUGAGGAACCGAGUGAGCGACCAUCAGAAAACAACCAAGCGGACCAAGAGAGGCCUGAGGAAAUGAAUGCCUGGGGUUCAUGUGAAGCGGUCCACAUCGGCUACUCUAGUUCUGAUGUCAUUAUUAGGGCUUCCUUUAAUGCCCCCACCUUCAACAUUCAACUUCUCCACUUGAAUUCCUGUUUUGGUAUGAAGCUCCUUUAUGGUGUAAAUAAAGCUGUAAUCAUGAACUUUUUGGACUACACAUGAGAUGCAAUGAAAAAAACCCAAUUCUACCUUCAGAAUAAAACAGUUAAAAAAGCUGCAGAAAGUCUUGAACAAAAGGAGGCAACACAUCCUCCUGCUAAGAGACAGGCUUGGACACGAAACGAUGCUCUUUGGACUAACGCCCAGACAACCACCCAACGUUCAAACACCCUUCACACAUCCAGCAUGAAAGAAAAUGAUUCAUUCUCAAAUAACUCAGGAGGAAAAAAAAAUCCAGUUUUCUUUCCACCCCACUUAGUGGAUCAAAGCGUAUUGUAGGACAGCAGAGUGGGCUUAAUUAGCAUUUUGACCUCUAAACAACUAUAGGGCGGCAACAGAGGAGACAGACGGUAAACAGAUGGGGAAGUAUAAAUAAUGUAAAGUAAAUAAAAGUAUAUUUGAGACUAGAUUAUGAGUUGCUGAACUUCUGCUCGCAAAAAAAAAAAAAAAA